AUGUCCGAGGACCUAUUCAGACCAGCGCUGAUCGUCGUUGACUUUCAAGAAGACUUUUGCCCGCCUAACGGCUCACUUGCCGUGGCAAACGGCCGCGACAUUCAUCCCGUUGUCAACUCACUACUACGCCUACCGUUUACGAUCAAGAUUGCCACGAAAGACUGGCAUCCCCAAGACCACAUCUCGUUCGCAUCAAACCACGAUGGCAAGCAACCCUUCGUCGAUGCCAUCGAUAUCGUCAACCCGCGAAACAGCGCCGAGACAUUCCACACCCGCCUGUGGCCAGUGCACUGUGUACAGGGUACGCCCGGUGCAGCCCUGGUGCCGGAGCUAGAUGCCUCGGCCGUAGACACUGUUAUCGAAAAGGGCCAGAAUAAGGACGUUGAGAUGUACAGCGUCUUUUACGACCCCUUCCAAUCACCCAGAGUGUCCGACAGCGGACUUGCGGCCUCUCUCAAGGGCAAGGGCGUCACGGACGUCUAUGUGGUCGGUCUGGCUGGUGACUACUGCGUCAAGUGUACCGCGCUGGAUGCCCAGAAGGAGGGGUUCCGGACCUUCAUCGUGGAAGAGGGUACCAGGCCGGUGGACGCUGAGAAAUGGGACGAGUGCAAGGGCGCCCUGGAGGCCAGCGGAGUCAAGAUCAUCAGCAUGGAGGGCCCGGAGGUCCGUAGGGUUGGAGCGGGUGGACGGGGAUGA